GGCACACCAGAUCUCCCAUCCCCCGACCUGUGCGUGGAGGAGGGGGCGUGGGAAAGAGGGGAGCGCCCGCCACCGGGGCGGGGGUCGCAGCCAGGGACUCUGCCCAGCUUCCCUACAGAGACCACCACGCCGCCCGGCAGGUCUUCUGGCGAUGCCGUAGAGGCCCUCGAUAGCCGGCCGGCUCCUGUGUGAACAGGCUAAAAGUGAACAGAUUUGAAAUGGAACGCGGAGGAGACGGAGUUUUCUGAGUCCAAAGGAACUACCGCUGUAUUCGGUGCCCUCAGAAGACAUUUAUUCAUGGGCCAAAUGUACAGUGGACAGAUGCUAACAUAGGAGGAGAUCCCUUCCUUUCUCUCUGGAAGGCAAACUUACCAUGAGCACCAAACCUGAAGGGGCAUCCACUUGGGUUCUCCGAUUCCCUUCACCGUUGGAACCAGGGGUGCAAAUCAGCGUCGCGAUGGAGGAGAAUUCCCCUCCCGUCGGGACCAUCAAGGAAAUCCUGAAGCGCUCCCGGUCUCGGAAGGACCGCAUGGACCCGAACGAAAUGGGCGUGAAGCCCCAGUGCUGGGAAGUCCGCCAGCAGGUGAUCCUGCCCACUCCGGAGGAGCAGGAGCUGAGCGCCGCGGCAGAAGAAGACAUCGCGGCGGAAGAAGACAUCGAGACUUGCGUGGUCUCUUUUGAAAGCGAGCCCGAGCCCAAAGAAGAGAGAGGGACAAAGACGGAGGUGAUGGUGGGGCCGAAUUGUGUGAUUACGAUUGAGGAGGAAGAGGUUAACCUCGAAGAAGAGCUGGCCGCUACCCAGGUGGCCGGGCUGCAAGAUGGCGUGGAGGCGUGUGUGAUCUCCCCGCAAGGAGCGGCUGAUAAUGAGGGCAAAGAAGUCCAGACUGAGGUGAUAGAUGGGGGCAGUAUCGAGGAGGAGGAGGUUACAAAGUCCCUUGAGAACCCCAAAGAAGAAAAAGCCAUCCAGACAGACGACACACCGGAGGACAACCGUCAGUUCUGUAAAGCCUGUAAAAGGAAAACAGACGACUCUAGUGCAGAAGAGUCAAUGCAGCCUGAGGUGAUUUCGGAGAAGGGCAAUGAGGCCAGUGUGGCUUCAACACACAAAGCGGUGAACUCUGAAGGAGAAGGAGUGACCCGGUGUGAUGGAGAAACUCAAGAACCCUGCGAGAAUCCAGAAGCCGAGGAUGACAACGGGAAAGCUCAGGCGGCCAUUUUGGGGGACGGCGGCAUCGCCAUGGAGACGGCACGGCAGGGCUUCCGGUGGUUCCGCUUACAAGAAGCCGAGGGGCCGCGGCAGGCUUACGGGCAGCUCCUGGACCUUUGUCGGCUCUGGCUGAAGCCGGAGAGCCGCUCCAAGGAGCAGAUCUUGGAGCUGCUGGUCCUCGAACAGUUCUUGGCCAUUUUGCCCCAAGAGAUACAGACGUGGGUGUGGCAGCAGCACCCGGAAUCCUGUGCCCAGGCCGUCGAUCUGGUGGAGAACUUCCAGACGGGACUAUCGCUGCUGGAGAGACAUGGGAAAACGGCACUGGUAACCUUUGAAGAAGUGGCCGUGUAUUUUUCGGAGGAAGAGUGGAGGCUCUUGGAUGAAACCCAGAAGCAAAUCUACCGGGAGGUGAUGCUGGAGAACUAUGGGAAUGUCCGGUCGCUGGGAUUUCCCAUCCAGAAACCUGAGCUGAUCUCCAGAAUGGAAAGUGGUGAGGACAAGGAGCCGUGUUUCCGCGACACGCCCAAAUCCGAAGAAAAGGAGACUCCGAGAGAAGGCACCGCAGAAGAUGCUGAUCUUUCAAGUGAGUCAGACUGUGAGGAACUGGUAACGUGGAAGGCUGCUACCGCCCUGCCAGCUGCAUCAGCUUCCACAAGCCCGCUAGGAAACUGGGAAACCACUAUCAAAAACAGCCCUCCCAGCAAGGAUGGGAACAGGCCCCGGUGGCACCGGGCUGAACCCCGCUUCGGAUGCUCUGACUGCGGGAAGACGUUCCCGUGGCAGUCGGCCUUGGCGCGACACCAGCUCUCUCACUCCGGAGAGAAACCCUACCGCUGCACUGAGUGUCCGAAGAGCUUCGCGCAGCGCUCAAAGCUAGCCCGGCACCGGCGCCUCCACACGGGGGAACCCUCCUGCGAGUGUCCCGAAUGCGGGAAGCGCUUCUGCGACCGCUACAAACUGGCUCGGCACCAGAAGAUCCACUCCGGCGAGCGGCCCUUCCACUGCGAAGUGUGCGGCCGCGGCUUUUGCCUCAGUUCCAACCUGCGGCAGCACCAGCGGGUGCACACCGGCGAGCGGCCCCACGCCUGUUUGGAGUGCGGGAGGCGCUUCACCCGCCGGUCCAACCUGAUCCAGCACCUCCGGGUACACCAGAUGCAGUGGCAUCAGCAAGGAGGCCACAGGACGGAGCUCCACGGGGGAGACGCUGAACUCGGGCAAGACUUUAACCUCUGCGAGGAGGAGUGGGAAUAUGAAUGGAUUGCAGACACACAGGACAAGGAACCGACGGGGGAGUUCUGCGCCGGGGGCAACGAGAAAGAGCCGAGCGCGGGACUCCUCGCUGGGGAUCAUCAAGGUGAGGAAAUCCUGGAGUUCCGCGUGGGGGAGUAUGAGCACGGGUGGAGCUCCGAAAUCAACAACGGACACCACGAGAGCGAGUUCAUCGAGCUCCAGCCGGGGAACCGGGAAUUUCAGCAGGGUUUAGAGCUCCGGUCCACGGACCACGAGAACGAGAUCGUAGAACUCCGCGUGGGGGACGGGGACGCCCACAGGUGGAACGAGCCGCUCGACGGCGAGGACGACGACGAGGACGACGACUGCCUGCUUGUCACUGCUGAAGGACCGCUCCAUCCGGACAGCACGGGGAGCUGCCCCAGCGCCGACAUGCUGUCCGUCAACCACAACCACCCGGCGGGAAGCGAGGUCCCUCAGUGCACCGAUUGCGGCCGGAGGUUCACUCGGAACUCCAGCCUGAUCCGGCACCAGCUGAUCCACACCACCUUGCACCCGCACGCCUGCCGGGAGUGCUGCCGCUCCUUCACUCUGCCCAGCCUGCUUGCCCAGCACCAGCUCACCCACACCUCCGGUCAGCCCCACCCGUGUCCCAACUGCCCUAAAAGCUUCAGCCACCGAUCCAAACUGCUGCGCCACCAGCGCAUCCACACCGGCGAGCGCCCUUUCCAGUGCGAAGAAUGCGGGAAAAGCUACAGGGACAGUUCCACCCUCCAGCGGCACCAGCGGGUCCACGGCAAACCUCAGGCCUUGGCCUUGGCCCCGCCGCAGGAUCCCUUUCCCUCCUCCCCCGAUCCCGUGGUGGUGAUCCGAACAGGGGGACACCUGGCCAGAACUCUGGAGUGUCUCUUGGGCCCUAUUUCCAGCGACGUUAUGUUUCUUACAGAAUUGUUGAAUGGACAGAUCAGCAAGGGAUGGAGGGAUCAGGUGCUGAGCCAGGAGGGGAUCUCCCUUGAAAUGUUUAAUAAGCAAACAGAGACGAGGACAACACUUCUCGGCGGAAGAGGGGGAACUUGGCACGGGAGGCAACUUCCUCCGCCUCCCUCCUUCCCAGUCACCCUGAGCCCCGGGGGCUGCGAGCAGGGACCGAAGGGCGCUCGCCGGGCGGAGGGAGCGGCUGGGGUGGGGGGGGGGGAGGUCGCCGCCCCCUCGGAGGGGGUCCCCCGGGUCCAGAGCUCCCCGGAAGCGCGCGCGCCUCGGCGCAGGGCCGGCCGGACUGUUGAUCACACCGCUAGCAUCCAGAAGAUUGUAGGUUCAAUCCCCGACGUCCAUCCUAGAAAGAGAUCUUGGAAGAGAUCCAUUCUCCAGACGUUCACCACCAUGGAAGAACUGGAGAGGACUUUGGAGCCAUACCUGAAUCUUUCAAAUAGGUGGCGGCUGAUAAAAAUCAGUCGCAAAGGUUCGAUUGAACGAUUGCCUCUAGACAAAGACGGAAGUAGGUGGAAUCCUGACACCUUCCAUUGCAUCCUGGGAAUCCAGCAAGCCCGAAUUGAGAAAGCCAUGCAGGAGGACUCAGAAGCCAAUUCUCCCCUGGGUGUUGGAAUAGUGAUUGAGCCCUUCAAGCAGGGGACUGGGGUGUCCUGUCCUGAGCCCCACAGCCACGUUGACGAGGAGGACACAUCAACCCUGCCACCAACGGCACCACCUCCGCCUCGUGGGAAAGGUGACCGCCCUUACGCCUGUGGCGAAUGCGGCAAGGCUUUCAGCCAGUGGUCAAAACUGGUGCGCCAUCGGCGUAUCCACACCGAGGAGCGCCCGAACACGUGCACCCGACUGCAGCAAGUCCUUCAAUGCCAGAGCUCACACCUGGUGCAGCACCGGCGGACGCACACCGGGAAGGGGUUCACCCAGAGCGCCAACCUCGUGAAACAUCGCGAAGAUCCACGCGGGGAGAAACCCUUCUUCCGCUGCAACGACUGCGGGGAAAACCUUCAUCCAAAGUUCGGAGACUCAUCCAGCACCAAGCGCACCCAUUCAGGGGAAAAGCCUUAUCAGUGCCAAGAAUGCGACAAACGCUUCGGACACGGCAGCGCCACCUUGGUCAAGCACCAGCGGCUCCACAUGGGGGGGUCGAAAGCCGCAUCGGUGCGCUCGAAACUCGCGGCAAAGACCUUUGAGGCUCGAAGCUUUCGGCGCUGGAGCGCCACCGGCGCGGAUCCACACGGGGGAGAGGCCCUACGCUUCUGCCCCGAUUGCGGGAAGGCCUUCGUCCGAAGCUUCGCGACCUCACCCACGGCACCGGAGGACCCAUUGACGGGGGAGCGGCCCUACCACUGCGAGGAGUGUGGCCGCGCUUCUCUCAGAGUUCCAACCUCAUCACCCACCAGCGCAUCCCACAUGGAGGAGCGGCCCCAUCGUCUGCCACGGCUGCGGCCGGGCGGCUUUGCCCAAGAAGGACGAAAAGCUGCAGCGCCACCAGGAAACCCGGAGCCGCCGGUACUACCCAAAGAGAGCAGCGUGAUCUUGUCCCGUGUGUGUCGGCUGGACUGUAACGACGCUGUCGCCCUGCCGCCGCCUCAGAAGAGCCACGUGGCUCCAUCUUUUGUGACAUAUGUGGGCAUGGCUUCCGAGCAGCGCAGCACUCACGCGGCACAGAGAAAGCCAAGCACCUCUUUCAUAUGCACCCGAAUGUGGGAAGAACUUAUGAGGGCGCCCGGUGCCUUGACCUGCCACCGGGAAAGUCACACUUCGUGGAUAUCGCGGCGUUUCGCGGGGAAGCUUUCGUUGCACGAGGAGGAGGGGAAGUGUAAGGAGCGCACGAAGCUCUUGUUGGACCGAGAAUCCACCAAGGCGCUCGCGCGUCUGGACGGCGAGGAGGGUUUUGGAGUCGAGGCUGGCCUCGCACGACACACAGGGCACAGGGGACGCGGCAAGGAGGAUCAUACAGGCCUGGCGGAUAAGAAGCAGGGCCCCAAAAGACUUCACCCUUGCUCUGAGUGUGGGCAGGCCUUCUGCAGCAGCUCGGCGCUUACCCGCCACCGGAUCGCCCACGUGCAGGAGCUGUACAAGCGCCCUGAAUCGGGGCAGAGCUUCAGGGAUACCUCAGCUUUUGUUCGGCACCAGAAGGGACACAUCCGCCGGAAGCGGUACCGAUGCGUGAAGCGUGGCCAGGGCUCUUUGGAUGCCGCCGUCCUCAUGCUCCACCAGAAAAGCCGCACGGAGGACAAAGCGCGUGGAUGUGUCGAAUCUGAACAGUCGUGCGGUUCGGACUCCGACCAUCGGACUUCUGAGGAAGGGUCUCCUGGUGUUGCAUCUCUUGGAGAGGAGCAUUCUAGAGAAGAGGUGCUCUCUGGCUCACGUCAGAGCAACCCAACGGAGGGUGAGCCAUUCAGGAAGCCUUUGGGUCUUGGCCGGCACCAGAGGACCUGCUCCAACGACAAAGUUCUCAGCAUCCCCGCAGAAGAGAACUCUUCCUCUCGUGGGCUUUAUUUCCGGGAGAGCUCAGAUUCGGCUUCCUGUAAGCCAAUCCGGGUUCAAGAAAAGCUUGGCCAUGGUUGCCGGGGUGACGGUUGCUGGGGUGGCGUCGAGAGCUCAGCGGAGCCCCAGAGGAGGACCCGUGUUGCAGAUAAGCCUGCUCUGGUUUCCACGGAAAUGGCAGCCCUCAUCCGGCUUCCGAGCACCAAACCGUACAAGUGCCACGACUGCAAGCAGAGCUUCGUGGACGCCGCCGGCUUGUCCAGGCACCAGAGUGGCCACUUGAAGGACAAGCAUCUGAAAUGUCUGGAGUGUGCCGUGGGCUUCCCAAACAGACUUGCUUUGAUCCAGCACCAGAUGGAACACACUGCCGAGAAACUCGAGGGGGUGCAACAACACCAGCCGAAAAACCGUUGCGGUAAGGAGGGAGACCGUGGGAACCCCCUAGAAUUUGGGGAGAGCUUCACAGAGAUUUCAGCUGUCCUUUUACAGAGGGGAACAGCAGUCUCUGAAAGGGGCGCGUCCCAACGGCUCAAGGACCGCGGAGUGGAUGGGAAACAAAACUCAGGCAACAUUUCGGAGUCAACAGAGCCUCCCUAUUUUCACCUGGACUUGAGGAAAGCUUCCGGCAGUGGCGGCGAGCGGCCCCACCACCGUGCCCAACACGACAGGGGCAAAUACGUAGCACACCCCAAACAUGGGAAAAUAUCCAGGAACAGAAUGGAUCGACGUCAGCAACGGCUUCAAGGGGCGCGCCACCUCCGAGCGGAGGAAGGUGGUUUGUCUCCCGAAGAGGAACGCCCGUGUGAGAACAGCUACACAAAAUGGGAGGGCGGACGCUGGAUGGAAGGAUGUGUGAAAGCUGGAGAGGAACUAGAUUGGGAGGAGGCUUCGGACAGCAGCUCGGUGGUCUUUAUCGAGGAUGGGCAGGGAGAGGUGGGCAGUAUUGGAUGCUCAUCUGAUCUAGAGGACUUUGGGGAGAACUCGGCCCACGUGGAGACCCCCAUCGCUGGGACACUCCAUGUGGAAGGACCAGAGGUUGUCUUUUAUCCAGGGGGUCCUUUGACAGAUGGUGGGUUUGUCCCCGAGGAAUGUGAGGAGCUUGCUUAUCGAGGCGAAGGCUGCGUUCGGGCUGAACUGGUCCGUUUUCCGGAAGGAUCCGCGGAGAGGGAGGAGUCUGAGGAGGAAGAAGCCGAGGACGUCAGUUGCGAGAGCGAAAGGCGAUUUGAGAAAACGCCGGCCGGGGCUGAGGGCGAAUUGUCCUUUUCCCCAGAGAGAUUUAAUGGGGACGGAUCUGAGGAGAUCCCUUGUUGGGAAGAAACUCUCCUGGAUAAGGCAGCUGCUGGGGGAGAGCCUGAGGUAAUCGUCUGCCAAGAUGAAUCUCCUCUGAGGGGCGGAUCCAGUGGGGAGGAGCCCGACGCAACCCACUCCCAGCAAGCCUCUCUUUCAGGGAACGGAUCUGACGAGGAGGCAAUGGUGGCGUGGGCCGUCCCUGUGGAGGAGCUGGUUGCCAAGCAACGGCCGCUGAAGCCACGCCACAUCUGCAGCGAAUGCGGCCGUAGCUUGGCCAGCCACUCAGCCCUGGUCCGCCACUGCCUCAUCCACACCGGGGAGCUCCCGUAUGCUUGCACAGAGUGCGGGCGCUGCUUCCGACAGUCCUCUGCCCUCGUCCGCCACCUUCGGGCCCACCGGGGCGAGCGCCCCUACGUCUGCGGCGAGUGCGGCAAAGCCUUCGGGGUCAGGUCGGCCCUGGUCCGCCACCAGCGGGCCCUGCAUUCGAGCGAGAAGCCCUACGUCUGCGGCGAGUGCGGGAAGGCUUACGCAGACCUGUCCAUCUUGAGCAAGCACCAGCUCAUUCACGUCAACGGGCGGCCGUUUUCUUGCCCUGACUGCGGCCAGUCGUUCGGGCACCGCACCACCUUGACGCAGCACCGGCGCAUCCACACGGAGGAGCGGCCCUACCGCUGCGCGGAAUGCGGCCAGACCUUCCGGCAGAAUUCGGCCCUGGCGAACCACCGCCAGGUCCACUCCGGGAACCGCCCCUUUUCUUGCCAAUACUGCAGCAAAACCUUUACGGGCCGGCCGACUCUCGUCCAGCACCUCCGGACUCACACGGGGGAAAAGCCAUACAGUUGCCCAGACUGUGGCCGCUGUUUCAGCACCAGCUCCAACCUCCUGCAGCACCGGCGGAACCACCUUGGCGAACGUCCCUUCGCCUGCUCCUUGUGCGGCCGCCGGUUUGCCCGCCGUCCCGACCUGGCUCGGCAUUACGUCACCCAUGCCGAAGGGAGCGUCCGGCCUCACCGCUGCGGGGAAUGCGGCCGGCGUUUUGUGGAAUUGGCGGAGCUGGAGCAACACCGAGCCACGCACCGUGGGGAGCGGCCCUAUGUCUGCAGCUACUGCGGCAAGUCCUUUACCGAGGCGGCCACGUUGGCUCGACACCGCCGCUCCCACCUCCCGACGGCCCAGCAGGCUUACAAGUGUGAACUGUGUGGGCAGACCUUUGGCCAGAGUUCUGAUCUUCUUGGCCUCCACGGGCGGCCGCCGGGCGCGAGCUCCCAACCUUGUCAAGGCGUCACCGGGCGGUGUGCACACCCACUUCUGAAGCCCGUACGUCUGCGGGGACUGUGGAAGGAGCUAUACCCAAAGCACCCACCUGAUGGAGCAAUUCAGCUGACAGCACAUUCUGGCGAGCGGCGAGACGAAAGUGUGGCGACUGUGGUCGUUCCUUCGGCAAGAAGGGGCACCUGGACUCCCACCGGCGUGUGCUCCACCUCUUGCCGGAAGCCCACGACCGUGUGGACGAGUCGCUGGUGGAAUGUCCCGAUUCAGGAAGUUUGCUGA